AUGUUCGCCGCUCGCUCCGUCCCUCGCGCACUCAAUGGCGCUCGCGCUUUCUCCACUUCGCCUGCCCAUGCGCUGGCCCGUAUGCAAAUCAUUGGCCGUCUCGCCGACCAGCCCGAGCUCACUCCCACAUCCACUGGUCGCGAGAUGGUGCGGUAUGCCCUUGGUGUCAAGAGUGGCCCCAAGAACGAGAAUGGUGAGAGACAGACCAGCUGGUUCAGAGUCGCCAGUUUCUCCGAGGGCCCUGGCAGAGAUGCCGAUGCUCGUAUGGAUACCUUCCAAACCCAGGAUGGCUCCACUCAAACUCGUCUCAACCUCGUUCAGCGUAAGACACGUCUCGGCCCAAAUGAGACUUACAUGAACCGCCCCGACUCGGAUAGAAGUGCCGCCGAAGAGCCCAGCAGCGGUCUCGGUGCAUCCUAG